AUGAUCAAAUUUAGCUACAAUGGAUUCACAGCAAAAAAUAUCACUUUGAAUUUUCAACCUUUAUUAUACCUUUUAUUGAUACAUUCAUGCAAGGCAGCAAAGCUUAAAAAUCAUAAUCCACUACAAAAUUUGUUAGUCGAAUUUGUUGGUCGAAAUCACAUUGCUAUUUCCUUAAAUAGAAUAGUUCAAUCUUAUUCAACAAAUAUAUCUGUAAAGUCAAUAAAAUCAGAUCAAAUCAUUAAAAGUUUAGAAGAGUGUAGUAAACCUAGUAUUUCUUUUGGAUGGUGCAAGGAAUGUGAAGCUAAUUCCAUGAAAGAAAAUUUUCCUUAUUGGACGUCUGGAAAUGAAGAGAUUGAUAAGUUAAUUCAACAUACUCAAAUUAAACGCUACUCAACUCUUUGGAUGGAAGGACCUAGAUGGAUUUGGGAUGAUGGUGCACAAGAAAGGACUCGAGCUGGACCAAUGAAUGAUGCUUUAAAGCUUCUUGAUAAUUCACAAAACAUUUCAACUUAA